UCCGGGUUACGUCUGAUGCAAUAUGGCGGAAAGACUGUAACCUAGCUGACUUACUUUCACAACUAAAUGAAAUGUAUUCUGGAGUAAUCGCAUACCUAAACUGGAAGCAUUCGUUACAUUUACGACCGAAUUACAAUUAGAGACUAAAAUUUUUAAUCAUGGAGAACGAUUUAGAAAUAUUCGAACCAACAGAGAUGGAAAAGCUGCCUGCAAAUUUGCCUCCAGAGGUUGAAGAAGGUAAUAUAGAAUAUAAGCUAAAGCUAGUAAAUCCAAGUCCACAUAGAAUAGAACAUUUAGUUACUCAGAUGAAAUGGAGAUUAGAGGAGGGACAAGGGGAGGCAAUCUAUGAGAUAGGGGUGGAAGAUAAUGGACUGCUGGUUGGUCUGUCACCCAUGGAGCUCAGAGCCUCUGUACAUACACUGGAAAAUAUGGCUGAAAGGCUCGGCGCUACAUUAACGAUAUUGAGAGAACGUUGUGUGGAGGGUGACUAUGGUGAGGAGGACAGGAGAGCUCUAGAAAUUCUAGUCCGCAGAGUCCCAGACGAUCAGAAGUUUAUAGACUUAAGGAUGUCGGUGUUAGGGAAUGUGGAUGCUGGGAAGAGUACACUUCUUGGCGUGUUAACUCACGGAGAGCUAGAUAACGGCAGGGGAAGGUCGCGUCUCAACUUAUUCCGACAUUUACAUGAGAUACAGUCUGGUAGAACGUCCUGUAUUAGUCAUGAGAUUGUGGGCUUCAACAGUUCAGGAGAGGUAGUUAACUACAGUGAGUCUAGGUCUGUAGAGGAGAUCUGUGAAAACUCCACCAAGUUGAUUACACUGAUGGACCUGGCAGGACAUCAUAAAUACUUGAAGACAACAAUCUUUGGUCUGACUUGUUACUCUCCUGACUUCUCAAUGCUUGUUGUCAGUGCUAACACUGGAAUGGCUGGUACUACAAAAGAGCAUUUAGGGUUUGCCCUAGCCUUGAAGGUUCCUGUCUUUGUUGUGGUGACAAAGAUAGAUAUGUGUCGCAAGUUUCUGAUUGAGAAAACAGUGAGCCAGUUAGAAAAGAUACUGAAAUCUCCUGGAUGUAAGAAGAUACCAGUGAGAGUGGAGACUGAAGAUGACGCAAUUACUGCUGCUCAGAACUUCGAUUCUGAAAAAAUAGUGCCAAUAUUCCGAGUGUCAUCGGUGACGGGAGCUAACCUAGAUCUUUUAUUCAAAUUCCUUAAUGUUAUACCACCAUUAAAUAAAGAGAGGGACAAACUUGUCCAAGGACCAACUGAAUACCAGGUAGAUGAGGUAUUUAAUGUCCCAGGUGUUGGUAAUGUUGUUAGUGGCAGACUUCACAGUGGGUCUGUACGUGAAGCGGAUGAGCUCAUGUUGGGUCCAUGUGACGAUGGUCAGUUUCAGAAGGUCACUGUGAAGACCGUCCACAGAAACAGGCUACCCUGCAGGUUGAUACAGGCAGGUCAGGCCUCUACUGUAGCUCUGGAGAAUGUUGAAAGGGGGAAUCUCAGAAAGGGUAUGGUAUUAGUCAGUAAAGAACUGGUUGGAUGCAGUUUGGAGUUUGAAGCAGAUAUAUACUUGCUGUACCAUGACACACAGAUCUGUAAAGGGUUUCAGACCACUAUACAUAUUGGCAAUGUCUGUCAGACCGUGCAAGUGAUGACAAUUAAGGAAAAGGAUGCUGUAAAGACAAACCAUAGGGCUCAGGUUGUUUUCAAAUUCAUGAACCGACCAGAGUAUGUUAGGGUUGGGAGCCGACUACUCUUCCGACAGGGAACCACAAAGGGAGUUGGUGAAGUUAUAAAAGUUUAUCCUUACAUUGAUAUACCUGCACGGUAGACACAGUAAACAAGAGUUGAUAAAGGAGGAUAAUAUGAGUACAGCAACAGACCUUUAUAGAAAUCAGCUCCCAAUUCCAUAUUUAUAAUUCUGAAUGGAGUUUUACUCUAAAAUCAAAAAGAGACAGAGACUCUUCAAUGUGAUUUUAUUAUAUAUUUGUGGUGCCAGUCAUAGGGAAAUUUUAAUUUUUUCUUUUUUGAAGUUUCAAUUUUUAUAUAGUCUUUUUUGUCAAUAUAUUGCUUUUUAUGAUAUAUUUUAUAUAUUUAUCAAUGUGUGUGCUUUGUAUUGUGCUCAUGAAUAGUUUAAUAAAUUUGAUUCCCACAAUCAUUAUUGCCUCAUAGUUCAUAGGGAAGUUGAUCAUGCAUUUAAAUAAGGUGACAAAUUGAUGUAAACUGCUUGGUUUUUGAUAAUUUUGAGACAGGAUUAACCACCAGCUGUUAGCUACUCAUUUUAAAACUAUGGCAUUAUUUUUUUGGCUUUUUCAUAAUACCUUGAACAAUGACCUACAGCAUUUUAAAGUGUACCACUUAAAAGUUGAUUUUUUUUUCUGAGUAAAUUGCCUUAAAAUUGCUCCCUGAAACAGUUUCUGCUGAAAUAAAUUAUUAUUUGUUAAAAUGCUGGAGAUUUCCAGUCAAUCACUGUUGUUAUCAGUCAUAAAGCCAUCAAAUGUUCAUAAAAUACAUAAAUCUUGUGAUCUCCUUUGUCAGUAUAUAUUUGUGUUUAAUGUUGUAUAAUGUCUGUAUAAAUGUUCAGUGGCAAUAUAGCAAGUAUAGGGCUUUCAUGUGGAGGUGAAGUGUGGGGUUCUGACAUUUGUGAAGCGUUUUCUUUUUAAAGUUGGGUAAAGUUCGAAGUAAUGUUCAGCUGUGUGUAGAGUGGGGAAUUAUCUCAAAUUAUAGGUUUUGUCUUGAUAUUGAAAAUUGCCUGGGUUUCAAUGAAAAUCAGUAUGUACAUACACAACCAGAUAACUUGUCAAUGAUCAAAUUGUGUUUGAAAAAUUGUACGCCAUAGUUUAAUUCAAAAUAAUGUUUCAUUCUUUGGGGGUUUAAGAAGUUGAUUUCUAUGAUGACAGGGUACUGUUUUAAUUUUGUUCCCUUUUACUGAUUCUAACUUGUACUUUACCAAGGUUAAUCUGCUGUCAAGCACAGUCUGAAAUAUAAUGCUUGUCUCAAAUUAAUUGUUGGAGAUCUGGGUUUCCUUUAGAAUUAUAUUGUGUAUUUGUUACUGUUGCUGUUCUUUGUUUUGAAUAUGUUUGAUUUUUAAUCAGUGAACAAAAUGUUGCAUAUUUGUAAUUUUUAAAAGUUAUCAGCUGUUCUGUUAAGUUGUUUCAAGAUUUCGCUUUGUAUUAGAACUGCCUUUGAUAUCUAUCUACCACCUAUAUCCAGUUUUUUGAAUAUGAUAUGAUCAAGCAUACAAAAUUUUCUAUACAAUCAGUGUAUAAAGUAAAUAGGUUUAAGAAAUUUCCCAUACAUUCCUCAAAAACAUACCCUGAUGUUUUAGACUAUACAAAACACUUUGUAAGGGACAUAAAUUACAAAACAAGAGUAAAAAGUUGGGUUUUUUUAAACCGUAUUUUCCAGAUUUAGAAAAUUUGCCUAACUGAGCUAGUUUGAUACUUGGUUUCAUUAUUUAAUGUCUUAUAAUGAAAUCUGUUUGUGUGAAUUUUUAUGCAAUUUAUUUACAGUGAUAUAUAAUACAACUGUAUGUGAGAUUUUUAAGACUGCAUGAUUAUGGCAUAUUGAAAUCUUUCAAAAUCUUAUGCAAUUUUUAACUUUUUUAUUAUAAUACAGUGGAACUUCCGAAAACCAGACCUUCUAAAAACCGGAAACCUUUGAAAACCGCACGAAACCCAAAGUCCUGUUUUUUUUUGUUUUUUUUCGUUCUUGUAUAUAUUUUUAACCUCUGAAAACCGCACUAUUUUACAGGAGAGUUUAUAUUUUAACGCUAAAAUUGAGUUCGGAAAACCGAAUAGCAAAAUAUUUGCGGGAUUAUAAGUGUCUCCAGUCUUUAACAUGUUGUUAAGCCAAAAACGCCUUUGGUAAGUUGUCAUCAUGUUAUUUCUUUUUUUGCGGGGUGUGUUUAUUUUGACUCGCGAUGUUAUCACAAUGACCAUUUGAUGCAAAAGUAAAGAUAUAAUCGGCAAUUACUUUAAUUUGUUUUCAAUUUAUGAAAUUUAAACGUUAUGAAUUAAAUAUCUUACAUGUGGAAAGCUUUCUUAAUAUUUGAAUGAAAGAUAGAUCAGUGUUUUAAUUGAUUUAGUUACAUCGAUUAAACUAUGCAUUAUCAACAUCAGUUAAAUAUUGACGAACUUGGGACUUUAAAGACGAUAAAAUGUAAUUGGAAAAUAUUUGAGGAAAUGCUAUUAUUUUUUUAUAUACAUAAUGGCAAGAAUGGUGUUUUGCUUCAUCAGAUUAUUGUUGCUUUGCAAAAUGUCUGCUACACCUCAAUCUAAACGCAAAAGAACAGAAUUGUCCCUUGAGGACAAAAUAUUUUUUUUUUGUGAAUUGGAGUCUGUACCAACACCAACACUGAAGGUGUGUAUUUUUUAAUAAAAUAAAAAAGCGGCACAAUAAUAAACAAGAAUAAUGAAAUGAAUUUUAACUUUUCUUUAUAAAAUACAAAUAGGCUCAUAUUAAAUGAUCUAAUUAGACAAUCUGUUCAUGUCCGUUUUCGGUAUUGCAGUAGCUGAUGAUUUAUUUUUGAUAAAAGACAUGUUUUUAUAAUUGUUAUUUAUGUAUAAUACAUACUUGAUUAUCCUUAAUGUUUGUAAUUAAUUAAUUAAUUAUUUAAUUAAUCAAUUAAUUAAUUACUUUACACAAACUUAUAACAUUAAAACAGAUAAUAUUCCCUUCAUCCUCCUACGUGUAAGAAAACAUAACUAGUUCACCAUGUCCACUUUGCCUGAAAACUUCCAAACUUCUGAAUUCCGGAAACUUCCAAAUACCAAACUUUUAGGCUGGUCCGGAGGUCGUUCGGUUUUCGUAAGUUACACUGUAUAUUUUUUAUAGCAUGUUUCAAGAUGCAACAGUGAUAAAAAGUCAUUUCAUAUUUAGUUUUAGUUAGAUUGAAUAUAGUACUUAUUAAUUUAUGCCAGAUAAAUAUUUGCAUUGCAAAUCAGGUUUCUGUCAUAUCAAUUUAAAAAUGAAGUUUUUUUUGAAAGAAAAUGGUAAGAAACCCCAUUAAGAGUACUUUGUUAAGAAAAGCUUUCUUUGUUAUUUGCUUGUUUUGACAUGCUAGAGUUUGUAACAUUAUGUCUCAUUUUUAAUGAAUCCAGUUAUUUGUGAAUAAAUUUGUUUAAGUUUUAUAA